AGUAGGAUUUAAUGCAUCCUAUACCGGCAAAUUCUUUGUAAAUCGCAUAGUUAUAUAUUUGCGUCAUUGAUCUUCAAAGUCAAGCUUGGCAUACGGAAAACUUCACUUUUGAGAUCUGCGAUAAUCCAAUUGCUAUGGUUAACGUAGUUUAAGAAUAGACAAUCCAGUUGACCAGGCUAUUUACACAGCGUAGCUGACUAUAAUAUUCCCAACAGCUUUAUGAUUUUGCUGAAAUGGUAAAGAUAAGCUGUUGGAUACUGAUCGAGGGAAAUGGCAGGGGAAAGGAUUUGGCAUUCGUAUGGUUGUUAACAGUGAUUCCGAAGAUCUUUUUGGUGAUGCGACUAUAUAGCUGACGCUUCUACGUGUUUCCAGGCGACAAUAUCAAAUAUCAAGACUUUCAUUUCACUUAAGAUUUAUCUCAUACCAAUUCUCACAUCGCCCUUUUUCUUUUGAUUCAAGAUCACCAUCAUGAAGUCAUCUAGCCUGUUGCCUGUCCUUGCCCUCCUAGGAGAGAAAGCAGUGGCGCGACCCUACCGAACGACAGAACUCUCACAGCGUGCCACGGGAGAUGUGAACAUUUACCUUCCUCUAGACAAGCGGGUGGACACUCCGAGGUGGUGCAUCAUGCUGAGCACCGGGCUAACCGUGAUGCAAGCCGCUCCAGAGUACAAGGCCGAGAUCUUGUUCGCCGGCGCAGCGUAUGGUCUCAGCGGCCUCACAGCGUACGACGUCUGCACGCACCUUCCCGGCAACAACGACUGCUCGCGGUUCGCCUAUCUCGUUGCCGACGUCGUAACUGUGAUCGCAGAAGGGGUUACACACCGCAAGGACUUGCCCCUUUAUGGAAACGAGAAAGCUAAGGAUGAACUCAAAAGCCGUGAUCUGUUCCAACGAAGCUUUGAAGACAGACUCCUCUUGCAUGGGCAGGACUUCGAAGCCGUAAACGUUAUGCCCAUAGCUUCCCGAGGCGAAACUGGAGAGCCGUCGGCAACUAAGCUCCAAGUCCUCGGUUUGCGCCAUGAAAACGGGGACGUAGCCGAUCACGAGUUACACAUGCGCUCUGACAUGACGGGUGUAGCUCGACUCUCAGUCCCUUCCCGGUCGGUGGAUGGCACGUUGGAGCGACGAGGUUCUGGGUACGACUUCUUGGUCUCGUACAAGGCGUACAAGUAUGACAUGAGCACCCAGCCAGACGAGAAUGGCAUCAAGGCAGUUGCAGACGCCAUCGGCAAGGACUGGGCCAGUAGGAUGACCGACCAUAAAGAUUGGGCUAACUACAUUGCCGCGGCGCAGUUCGGAUCGCAAUGGAGGAUCAACUUCGAUAUUAUUCCCGAGGCGGGUGACAACUGGAGCGAGAACGCCGUAAGCCAAAAUGUCUGCGGAAAUGCCGAGUACAACUUUUAAGUGAAGAGAUAUCCUGUACAAUACUCUGUUACUUCAUUAGGUUAGAUAUUGAGUAGAAUGUACGACUCGUAUAGUUCGUUGUCUUAAGAACUUGGCUCUUACACGACAGCUUAAGUCUUGCGUGUAUCUAAGUUAUAGGAGUAAAGAUUAUUAGAGUAACCUAAAGAAGAUGAGAAGAUCAAC